AUUUUCUCAUGUCUGUACUCAAAUUCGGUUAUCAUUUUGUCACUGCUGAUUUAGAUACAGUAUGGUUUGACAAUCCGUUAAAAUAUUUAUCAACUAAUAUAGCACAAGUUGUCCUCCAGGGACAAACGCAUCGUCAUAGUCAAUUAAGUGGCGGAUUCAUAUGCGUACAUUCAACCUCAGGCGGUAAACAGUUCUGGCAACGUGUGAUACAUUGUCAUAAUAAAAACAUGGGAUAUCUAUUGAAAACACGGAUGAAAGCUACAAGUAAAUAUACGGAACAAGAAUGUAUUAAUCAAGUCGCAAAUGAAACUCUGAAUCGUCGAACACAAAUUCACUAUUUGAAUGAAGAUCUUUUCCCCGAUGGACGACGAUUUUUUGUACAAAAAUUACCACAACUGAACGGCGUUAUUCCAGUCGUUGUGCAUAAUAACUGGAUUAUUGGAUUAGAUGAGAAAUGGAAACAAUUUCAAUCAUGGAAUUUAUUGUGCGAUGACGCGACUCCUACAAACGAUGAGGUGAAAUUUCAUAAAAACUUGUUUAAAAACUUUCGUUUACGAAUUAAAAUUUUAACUUAUAACCGAUUUCAAAGUUUAAAACGUUUAUUGAUAAGUUUAUUGACAACAUACUAUUUCAACGAUCACGUUGAUUUAGAUAUAUGGAUUGAUCAUCCAUCACAAGACGCUACAGCUGGAACGCGGAAAGAAUGGUCAUUGAUCGUUCAAUAUUUGUCGAAUAAAAGUCAGUUUCAUUGGCCUCACGGGUCUCUAUUAAUCUAUCAACAGAAAUCACAUAUCGAACUCUUUGAACAAUGGACUCAAUCAGCCAGAACAAAAACAGACGAAUAUGAAAUACUACUGGUUCUAGAAGAUGAUAUGACUGUUAGUAGAUAUUUUUAUGAAUAUAUCAAAAAGGCACUACAGUAUUAUUACUACAAUCGCACAAAUUACGAUCCACUUAUGUACGGUUUUUCAUUACAAAAUCAAGAUACAAUAUUAGGACAAACAGGAGGAACAAAAACACGAUCAAGAGAUAUACAAACGAUCCUGAGGGAUGAUUAUGGCAGUCCGCUCUUUUAUAAAUACCAAUUAUUAGGUAAGUAA